AAGAGGAAAGAAAACGACAGUGAGGAAGAAAGAAGGCGUUUGUUAUUGACAGCGCGCGAAAGAAAAAUGGCGGAACUACAAAAUGAAAGGUUUCAGGGAGACGAUGGGCUUGAUAUGGUUUCAGAGGACGUUUCACAAGGGACCAAAAGACACUUAGACAGAUCCCCGAGUCCAGAACCUCCACCCAAGUCUCCUCGCACCUCAUCACCCCCUGCGGUCAUCGCUCUUUUAGAAGAGAACCAGCCAGAAGACCAAGAUUCAGCAGCUCAUGCAGACGUCGUGCAGAGAGAGACGAUGACUGAAGCUGCUCCUGAUCUCAGCCCUCGCUCACGGAGAAAAUCCUGGAGGAGGUCGACUCGAGGCAGGGCGUCAUUCCCAGCCCUCCCCAGUACCUCCCAGUCUCUGUGUAAAUCCAUCAGCCUGGACCUGAGUGAUGAAGAGAGGCUGGAGAAACUCAUGGAAGCAGCAAUGCAGGUUACAGUGAAGAGGCUGCGAAACACACUGGGCACCAUCCCCGGUGCUGAUUUGGAGGCAUUUCAAACCCAAGUUGACUCCCUGCAGACGGAGUGGGCGAGUAUGGCUAAAACCAUUAGUGAGGAAAGUCAGCUGUCGUUCUCCAGCUCCAGCAGCGAUCCGGCUAUUCAGAAAGCCAUCGAGCGUGCGAAGGAGAACCUGAACAGGCUCCAGGCGGAGAGUUUGUCCUGGGAGUCUCUCCUAAAUAAACAUCGCUCCAAAGCGGAGGAGUUGGCCAAGAGAGUGGAGGAAGGCCAGGAGAGAGGUGUGAGUCUGGACCCGUCCUGCGUCGCUCAGUCCUCUCAGAGCAAGCUGAUCCUGAAUAAACCCGAUUACAACGCAGUGCUGCAGAGACAACACAGAGUCCUUAACACUAUGGAGCUGGUGCUGGAGUCUCAGUGCAUGAUGAUGAGGGCGCUCCUGUCCUUCCAGGAGGAUUCACACUUACUGGUGAAGGAGACCAGCGCACGAUUAGCUCAAAGCGCUGGAUUCCAGGAUCUCCCAUCAUCCCCGGUGAAGACUCUCCUAAACCUCCCUCAAUCUGCCACGUCAUCUUAGUUAUGGUUCAUCAAAAAAAACCUCUCUGUGUUUCCAUGACGACGAGGACACUUACGACACGUGUAUAAAUGACCAUACGGAACGACACGCCUAUCUCUCUGCCGUUAUAGUUUUGUUAAUGAAGCGCAAACUAAACAUCAUGUACCCUGUUCCUUUAAAUAUUGUGCUUGAGUAUCGUGAGCAUCAUACCGCCAUGACAUCACGAUAUCGGUAUCGCGUUAUCAUAUUAUCCGGCCGUGGCCUUCCUGUCUCUAUUUCUUUUCUCUUGACUCUUUAGUUAAAUCAUUUUUAAGGUGCCACGUCGAGCGCUGAAGGCUUUUCUGUUUAAAAUGGAGCGUCAUUGCUGGUGUCAUCUGUUUCCUAAAUGUGUUACAUAAUUAUAUACUCAUUAUAACAGCAGGUAAUCAUUACCAGAGAUAAAUUACAGCGGCAUUUCUUAAUGAAAACCCUGCUCCUGAUCUGGCCACUAGAUGGCAGUGUGUUUCAUUUAUAGCGCAAAUGAUAUAGAGCCAUAUUCCAUGUGCGUUGUUUACACGAGUUCUGAUGCUGCUGGUUUCCUCAAAUAUUUGUUUUAAGAGCUGAGGAUGAGAGAUGUACGGAUUUUUACCAUGAAAUGACAUGGCUCGAUGGUUAUUUUCUCCUUGUUGUACACUACAGGUUCUCAACCCUGACCCUGGAAAACACACAACAAACUGAAGACAGUUCACAUCAGGAAGCUCUGUUAUAUAUCAUAUCAUAAAUGUGCUGGACACCAGGGUUUCUCCAGGACCAGGGCUCGAAACGUGUGUGUGAGAUGACAAAAGGGGCAGUCGUUAUCAAAUAUCUCCGACAACAACAAUGAAAACGUUUUAUUAAAAUCUCAGAAUGUCAGCUUGGUGCUAGAAAACCAGCCCAUAGGAAGAUGGCUACAGGUGCAGGACGACAGGAAACAAUGGAUUAAAAAAAUCCUUGAGCUUUUCUUUUUCCCUGAGCCAGAGUGAUUCAUGAUGUUUUCAUUAAUCACGAGUCUCUCAUUAGAGGAUCAUCAUAUAAUCUGAUGUUUAAAAAAAACGUACCCUGUAAUAGAAUUCAUCCAUAAUGUAAAAUGUCUGUAGUGUAAAACAGGCUUAAAACAAGUGACAUGACAUGUCCGGUUCUGGUCCUGGAGAACCGGAGAACCCUCUGUCCUGCGUUCUUCAGUGUUCCUCAUGAAUCAGGCGUGUUAGAGAGAAGAGAAGGCUAGUAAAUAUCCAGCACUGGGAUCGAGAGUCUGUGAGAGUUCAGACAGAUUGAGUGUGGAAACGGUGACACCCCGGUUAAGGGGGUUUGGGUUAUUGAUCCGAAGGUCGCGAGGUCAAAUCCCAGCAGCACCAUGGGUUCUUGAACAAGACUUGUAACCUUCAAGCUGCUCACUCGGAUCCUGUCUCCAACCAGCAAAUGUAAAUAAAGGCUAGAGCAUGACUAAAUUCAAAUAAAUAAAUAAAUAAAUAAAUAGUU